AUGGCUCUUAAGAAAAAGAAGUUUUUGUCGGAAUACAAAAGCGUAAAUUGCUUUUUUAACCGUAUAAUCUUAUUCGCAGCGGCCUGCUGUUUGCAUUUUCUGCCCAUUACGUUAUUAACAUCACGCCACACGAUCAAAAGUUGCUAUGGCAACGAAUUAAGUAAUAAGAUGGACGUAUAUAAAUUGUGUCAGUUUUUUUUCUUCUCUUAUAGUAGAACGACAAGAAAGAAUCAAGAUUCAUUAUUUCCAGCUAUGACACUGUUAGAUCAUAACGUAUUCCACCCAACUGCUGACGUCAACGCUUUAUACACCCUCCCCGUAAAAAGAAGGAAAAAGCAGAUUUUAAAGACAUUCGCUACACCAAGAGAGUCUGGGAACUGGUCGAAUUAUGACGAGAUUGGUGCAUUAAUUGAAGGCGUUUACGAAGUUAAAGAAAAUUCCUCUAUAGAUCAGUAUGAAAGGAAUUUUGUGAAUACAGAUGGUUAUAGUAAAGUCGAUUUUCGAUUUUUUUCACCUGCGUUAGUUCAAGACGGUCCGUAUGAAAUUAUAGGUUGUAAGACCAACUUUUGUAGUUAUCGUGAUGAUAAAUUUGCUGAGAAAGAUAUUAAAAUUGUUAAAACCACGCCUGGAAAAAAUGUAAGCAUCACUCCAGAGGCAAAAAAUCCUUGCUCACAAGCAGUAGAAAAUAGGCCUAAUGUUUCAACGUGUAAACUAAAUAGUAGUAUACGUAUAAAACAACAACGCACCUCAAUGCAACGGGGGAGAAAUCAAAAUAAGGACAAUGUUGUUUUAACGAACACUACCCACGAAUAUGUUACUAUUAUACCCCCUGUUUUAAAACGCUCUUCGCCAGUGUUAUCAGAAAGUCGACGUCUUAAAAAUAAAAACAGCAAUGACAUAAAGGACAAAAGGAAAAUGCAUGAAAAAAUACCGGAGAUCAAUGAUGGUUUAAAUAGUAAUGCCGAGAAAGAUACGGAAAAAGAACAUCACUAUUUUCAAGUGGAGCCAGAACAUGAGGAUGAAAAUGAUGAAUACGAAGAACUGGCUUUACCAGCGUCAGCAGAGAAAGUUGGCGUAAACACUAGUAACAGUGAAACAGUCGAUGUCGAAGUUUUGCUUAGCGAAGAAUAAAAAGGAGAGACAUUAAUGGUUGAUUAAUUCUCAGAUGAUUUUAUUAACAAAACAUUCAAAAGUAGAGACUUUUUAAAAUCUGUUUUUCUCCUAUUAAGUUUUUGAACAACAAGAAAUAAACCAUGAGAAAUACGUUUUUCUACUAGAGGACUGUAUAUGAUAACAAUAAAUGACAACAACAACUAGAGCAUAAAGGGCAUGCGUAAACUAUAGAAAAACAAAAACGAAAUUACAAACGCGUUCGCCCCGAAGUACAGCUGCAAAAAAGCAGCCAUUUUUUUAGCAAAAAAGUGUAAAGGCCAAUAUACACAGAAGAAAAAUUAGAAGAAUAACUUGAGUAUAUUAUUAUUCUUCCAUUAUUUCCCCGUGUAUCUUGUCCAAGAAUAAAAAUUCCGGAAUAUUUUAUCGUUAUUCUUCGAAUAAAAAACAAACUGAAUAUAUUCAAAUCAAUUUGAUUAUAUUCAACGGAAAAAUAAUAUUCAAACAAUGAGUUGUGUACAGCAUUAGCAUACUUCUAUUGAAAUACUAGUCGAUAAAGCCCGUGGAAAAAUCCACUUAGGCAUAAGGCAAUGAAAAAAGAGGUUGUUGUGGAUUUUUUGCUGACAUCAGCAUUGCAGAUAUAAAAAAAUUGGCGAGGUUUAGUUUAUUCUAU